GCGAAAUAGCCUUUUUGGCAGAUAAUGGACGGGUUCAGGGCUUCAGGCCCGAUGCUCUUUCCGAUCCGUCUCACUGAUUUUUCGUUUUCAAUCCCUCUACAAUGAAACUCUCCUCGGCCGCCCGGUUUCCUCCCCGGCAGCGGCGGAGAGCCAUGUCGCUCCACAGCCUCAAAGAAACCCUCCUCUCUUCCUCCUCACAGCCCCAGUCCCAACCCAGAUCACCUCCUCCUCAUCCUCCUCUCCCCACCCGGAGGCCUCCGAAGACGUCCCUUUCGCAGCAGCUCCUCCGGCUCGAGGCCGCCUCCUCCGUCCCGCCGCCACCGCUCCCUCACACUUCCCCGUCCUCGAACGUGGGAGAACAGCCGCCGUUGCCGGAUGAGGAGGACGAGGGGCCCCGCAUCCGACGUCGCGCACCCCUUCCGCCAGCGGCCGCCCUCGGCUCCUGCGGGCCCUACGAGCCGCUUGUUCUCUCGCCACCCGGAGAGCGCCCCGUCGUCCAGGUACCACCAUCGAUAAAUUGUAGGUUACUUGUGCACCAGAGGGAUGGUGUAAGAUUCUUAUACAAUCUGUACAGAAACAACCAUGGCGGUGUGCUCGGAGAUGACAUGGGUUUGGGAAAGACUAUCCAAACAAUUGCUUUCUUAUCGGCUGUUACUGGAAAAGAUAAUGACGACAGUGAGCAAUUAGUGGAAGGAAGAAAGAUUGGCCCUAUACUCAUCCUCUGCCCCACAUCAGUAAUUCGAAACUGGGAAAAUGAGUUUGCGGAAUGGGCAAGAUGUUCUGUUGCUGUCUAUCAUGGCCCAAACCGUGACCUGGUUCUUCAAAAGGUUGAAGCACAAGGACUAGAGAUAGUUAUUACCAGUUUUGACACUUUUAGGAUUCAUGACAAAAUUUUGUGUGGCAUCUCGUGGGACCUGGUGGUUGUUGAUGAGGCACACAGGCUGAAGAAUGAAAAAUCGAAGUUAUAUACAGCUUGUUUGGGAAUUAGUACACCAAAGCGUUUUGGUCUCACAGGAACCAUAAUGCAGAAUAAAAUAAUGGAAUUAUUUAAUCUGUUUGACUGGGUUAUACCUGGUUGCUUGGGGGAUCGAGAACACUUUCGAGUAUAUUAUGAUGAGCCCUUAAAACAUGGACAGAGGUUCAGUGCUCCUGAGAGAUUCGUACAAGCUGCUGAUAAGCGCAAGAAGCACCUUGUUUCUGUUCUUAGCAAAUUUCUGUUGAGAAGAACAAAGGAGGAGACUAUUGGACAUCUCAUGCUUGGGAAAGAAGAUAAUAUUGUUUUCUGCAGAAUGAGUGACGUUCAAAAGCGUGUUUACAGAAGAAUGCUGCAACAGCCUGACGUACAAAUCCUUAUAAACAAAGAUCUCCCAUGUAGCUGUGGAAGUCCUUUGACUCAAGUGGAAUGUUGUAAGAGAACUGAACCACAUGGCAUUAUCUGGUCUUAUCUUCACAGAGAGAAUCCGGAGGGCUGUUCUUUGUGCCCCUUCUGUCUUGUUCUUCCUUGCCUUGGGAAGCUUCAACAGAUCAGUAACCAUCUGGAGCUGAUAAAGCCAAAUCCGAAAGAUGAAAUUGAGAAGCAGAAGAAAGAUGCUGAGCUUGCAGCUGCUGUCUUUGAUACAGAUAUUAAAUUAAUUGGUGGAGGUGCUAAAAGUGAGAACUUCAUGGGCCUGAGUGAUGCAGAAAAUUGUGGAAAAAUGCAUGCGUUGGAAAGACUGUUAUCAUUAUGGACUCUGCAGGGUGACAAAAUUCUUGUUUUCAGCUAUUCAGUCAGGAUGCUCGACAUUCUAGAGAAAUUUCUUAUACGGAAAGGUUACUGCUUUUCUCGCUUUGAUGGAACAACUCCCAUGAAUGCACGCCAAUCGUUAAUUGAUGAGUUCAACAGAAGCCCAAGCAAACAGGUUUUCCUUAUAUCUACUCGGGCAGGAAAUUUAGGUGUCAACCUGGUCAGUGCUAACCGUGUGGUGAUUUUUGACCCAAGCUGGAAUCCUGCACAAGACUUGCAAGCACAAGACAGGUCAUUUCGAUUUGGACAGAGACGGCAUGUCACUGUAUUUCGCCUACUCGGUGCAUGUUCCCUUGAAGAACUUGUUUAUUCUCGGCAAAUAUAUAAGCAACAGCUUUCCAAUAUUGCAGUCUCUGGGAAAAUAGAAAAACGUUACUUCGAAGGUGUGCAGGAUGACAAGAAAUUUCAAGGUGAGCUCUUUGGGAUCUGCAAUCUGUUUCGCGACUUGUCUGAUAAGCUGUUCACCAGUGAGAUCAUUGAGAUGCAUGGAGAACAUGGGAUGGGUAAUACAGCUGAAACAACAGGAAUUCGAGAAAUAGUUGAUACAAAUAUAUUCAGUAUGCAAGAUCAAAUGAAAUCUUCAAUUGCAGCAGUAGAUAAUGAGAAUGAGAAUUUGGAUCAUUGUGGGGUAGUGUAUGCUCACCGUAAUGAAGAUGUUGUAAACAUGAGGACAAACGAAGCAAGCAACUGUGCAAAAGAUAAAAGUGUCCCAAGCCACGUAGAGGAACCGCGAAUUAAGAGUGAAGCAAUAUAUACAGUUAGGACAAAAUCCUACUCACGGGUGCAGAAAAAGAAGGAAUUCAGCCGAAUUGCUUCUUUCAUGGGUAUGAACGAUCUUGAGUUUAGCAAGUGGUUGCUAUCUGUCUCGCCUCUGCAGCGACACGAAGUUUUGGACCGUUACAAGAACAGGAAGUAAGCAAUAGGUAGUAUGAUGCUGCAUUGCUGCUUCCCUCGUAUAUAUGGUUUCCGUUCUCUGCUCCACCAACGUUUUUCUUCCUUUCUCCAGUCCAAUCCUCUCUUCUCUGGCUUGCCAGUUGCCACAGGCUAUUAGAAGAAGAAACAUCCCUUCGUAUUUAGAUUUUCUUUCUUGCAUCAUUACUUUUUCUUCUCCUGUCGCGUCCUCAGUCUGACCGGAGUUCAACCAAGGUGAGUUCCGACCGGUACUGGUUGUUAGAAAACGUAGUCUAGAGACAAAGAAAUGAGCUGAAUAGUGUAUCCACACGUGUAUUUUUAUUGAUCUCAAUGUCCCCAUAUAUAGAGAGAUUACAACC